UCGUCUCCAUGGCUACAGCGGAACGCUGUGAAGAAGGCCGAAGACCGUUCGGGCAGACACUGGGUUAUAAUGGCAGCGACGUCGCGGCACGACCGGGAGAUGGCGAUAAAUGCCAAAAAGCAGCUGUCGGAGACCUCAGACCCGGUGGAGCGGCUGCGGCUGCAGUGUUUAGCCCGAGGAUCCGCGGGGAUUAAAGGUCUGGGCAGAGCUUUCAGGAUCAUAGACGAUGACAACAGCCGCUGCCUGGACAUAAAAGAGUUCAUGAAGGGCCUGAAUGACUAUGGUGUUCUCAUGGAGAAAGAGGAGGCGUUGGCUCUUUUUCAGAUCUUUGACAAAGACGGCAGUGGACAGAUUGACUUUGAUGAGUUUCUCCUCACACUCAGGCCACCCAUGUCCAAUGCGAGGAAGGAGGUGAUAUUACAGGCUUUUAGAAAGCUGGAUAAGAGUGGCGAUGGUGUCAUCACAGUUGAAGAUCUAAGAGGAGUGUACAACGUCAAACAUCACCCCAAAUAUCAAAACGGGGAAUGGACUGAGGAUCAGAUAUUCCGCAAAUUUUUGGACACCUUUGACUCUCCUGAUGACAAGGAUGGAAAGAUCACAAAAGAAGAAUUUAUCAACUACUACAGUGGAGUCAGUGCUUCCAUCGAGAGUGAUGUGUAUUUUAUUCUCAUGAUGAAGACGGCAUGGAAACUAUGAGUGCCUCGUUCUGUUAAUUUCUUCAUUUUUUUACUCACUAUUUAUAUUAAAAUACUGAUUAUAUGGAAUAAUAUUUGUCAAUCCAGGAAAAUUGUUCAGCUUUACAUAAACAUUUGAACAUUUUCCCAUAUUGUUCUCUUGAUUUCCACAUUAAUAUGCCAAUUCCCAAAUUCUCAAGCUAUAAAACAGCUAUGGUCAAGGAGCACCUGCUACUCCUGUACAUAUGAAUCCUGCACCCAGCUAGCUGCAGUGUGCAGUUCUGCUGAGUGUCCUUUUCUUCCAAACAGAAUGCAGAUAAUUGCAGCCUCUGGGACAAUAAAGAUAAAAGAAUAUGGCACAGCUGCUGGGUGCAGUGCUGCAUUAGUAAGCACUGUUUUACAUGAUGCCCCCUCAUAGGUGAUCUGUACGUUUCAGUGAUGUCUGAAAACAAAUAUGCCACCAUUUUGUACCUCUUUUUAAUAUUUGCAUAGUCAACAUAUUAACAAUUUAUACCAUGGAUAUUAAGUGUACAGAUAUGGAUAAAUAUGUUUGAUCUUGUCUUAGUAAUGAGAAAAUCAUCUUAAAGGGCCUGUAUCACUGAAAAAUAAGUUUCCCUCACUUUUUUGAAGCAAAAGAGUUUGUAAGUAUAUAAAUAAUGUUAAAGUACCACUCACUCCCCAGUCUGAACAGUUCUCAUUUGGAAAUCUUGAAAACAGCCCAUUUUGAAUUCCUUGAUUUUGUGAUUUCCCAAAAACCAGUUCAUUUGCCCAGAUGCGUCUAUUCAAUGUACAGCAGUUAAGCCCUGCCCAAUCAUGUUGACAGACUGCUUUUGCAACAAAAUACAGAACAGUCCAGCUAAUCAGAAUGCAGCUCAUUUGCAUACCCGUAAUAGAAACAGCCUGUUUGAUUCUAAGAAAUACAGAGAGGUUAGUAAAAAUGUAAAAAUGAUUUGGGGCUGUUUUUUGGUGCGUAAAACCACACAAACAUAAUAGGCCUUCGGGAAGAAAAAAUUAAAUUUGAGAAAAACAUAUGGGCCCUUUAAAUCAUCACAAUGGUCAUCACAAGGAUUAAGUAGAAUUGUUUUGAUAUGUUUGGUUCUGAUGUGCAAAAUCAUCUAUUAUUCCAGUCUUGCAAAUCAUUCAUUAAAUGUCUUGUACAAUAAUGUAAAUGCUGUGUGAUAAUAAAAUGACUCUUUUGUGAUCAUACCAAGAAACUGAAUUAAACAAGAUGCUAAAUGAAGCACUGGUUAAUAUAAUAGAGUAUAUAUUUAAAAAUCAUAGCAACUACUGCUGUUUAAAGUAAAUCCUCUACAGUAA